AUGCCAUUCAGCCCGGCCACUGGUACACCAGCAAGAGACGAUACGUAUGAUGUUGGUCCAACCAAUGGGCCGACUAUGGGUCCGCCUAUGGGCCGAGUGACAUUUCUGAAGAUGAAAUCGAAUGCUAUACUUAAUCGCCUUGAAAGUAUAGCCACCGACUUGGAUCCUGAUAAUCUGCACAGUAAGAAUGAAUAUGCUCUCAACGCAAUACUGGAAUUAUUGGUGGAGCUGAAAUCCAGUUUUUCGGUCACACACACAAGUUUGGAGGAACUGGACUUCGAGUCGAUUACCAGUGACCUACCUGCCAAAUUCGAUACCACGCUAGUCAAUCUCAGAGCCACUCUGCAACGGGAGAUCGGGAAGCGCAGUACUUCACAACAUUGCUCAACUUUUCGGAUGAACACCGCGGACACACAGUCUAUAAUUGUAAACGCAAAUCGUUCGCGUGUGCCACUACUAACGUUGCCCAAAUUUAGUGGGGCUUACACGGAGUGGACAAAUUUUUACGCAAUGUUCACAUCUGUAAUCGACAAAGACAGUGAACUGACACAAGUGGACAAGCUUCAACAUUUGCGGUCUUGCCUUAGUGGUGCUGCCCUGGACACCGUGGGAUCACUCGAGAUAAACGACACUAACUACAAAAUUGCAUUAGAACUUUUACAAAAACGAUUUCAUAAUAAACAUCUUAUCUUUCAGGCACACAUCAGGGGAAUAUUUGAGUUGGACAAGGUGGAUUCGUCCGUACACACGUUGCGGGCAUUGACAAACAAGGCAAUCGCGCACAUGCGCGCUCUACAAUCUAUCGGCUCAAAAGAACAAAUAUCCGAUAGCAUCCUCAUUCAGUUGAUAGUGCAAAGGUUAGACAAGGUGACUCAAGCUAAAUGGGAGGAGAAUUCGACAAGCAACGACCUACCUUCUUGGAACCAACUAGCUGGAUUUUUAGAAAAACGCUGUCGUACACUCGAAAACGUCGAAUAUGCAUUGCAGACACAAGCUAGCAUUCCGGUAAAAGUCAUCAAAAGCGUGAGUACAAAUCCAAGAAAAUCUUUUGUUGCUUCGAAUAGCUCAGUAGGUAGUUGCGUAUUUUGCGAAUCCCCCGAACAUGUAAUUUAUCGUUGUCAACGCUACGUCAAUUUGUCGCCAAAUCUACGCCAGAAAGAAGCUAAAAGGCUCAACCUUUGUCUUAAUUGUUUGAAGAAAGGUCAUCAGAUUCGUGACUGCAAAUCGGGACCCUGUCGCAGCUGUCAAGCGAAGCAUCAUACACUGUUACAUUUUGAUCGGUUAUCCAUUCCACCAACUACUCAGUGCCAAGCACCUUGCACUAUUUCUGAAUCGAAUGCUAGGACUGCAUCAUUAUCUGUCACGUCCCAUACUCAUACUCCUUCUCCUGAUGUUGUGCUUCUCGCCACUGCAAUUGUUCUAAUUAAAAAUCGUGCCGGAACCUUCGUACCUUGCCGCGCCCUCCUAGAUUCGGGCUCGCAGCUUCACUUCGUUACAACUCGUUUCGCUAACCAGCUACAACUUACUAGAACGAAAUCAUUGGUCGCAGUCUCCGGCAUUGGAGAUGCAAGCUUUUCGACUGAUGGGUGCUCCGUUGAUAUAGUUCUGAAGUCGCGGACUUCAGAUUUUUGUACAAACAUCACUGCUGUUGUGGUGAAAACAAUUACCGAUAGUCAACCAGUCGCUUCAGUAAACAUCGCUAAUUGGAACAUACCCUCAAACAUUCAACUAGCUGAUCCUGGUUUUAACGUGCCCCAGCGUAUUGAUCUGCUCAUCGGAGCAGGACUUUUCUAUGAGCUACUUUGCGUAGGACAGAUUCAAUUAGCACCUGAAUUACCAUUACUUCAAAAAACUCGCCUUGGCUGGGUUCUGUCUGGCGGUAAGCAAAAAGCCCCCAAACUUUCAACAUUCGUAGCAAGUCACAGCUCAACUACAGAUAUCAAUAUUGAUGAUCGGCUGGAUGAUUUAGUCCGGCAGUUUUGGGAGAUCGAUCAUGUCGUUGAACCGAUUUCUAAAAAUUCUAAAGAGGAGCUUGACUGUGAGUUGCAUUUCAAGCAAAAUUUCAUUCGUUUAGCCUCAGGCGCAUAUUCGGUUCGCCUGCCAACAAAGCUAAAUUUAGAUUCGUUAGGUGAGUCGUACUCACAAGCUCGACGCCGAUUUCAAAACCUAGAAAGAAAACUCGUACGUAAUCCUGAGCUCAAGGCGAAAUAUUGUGCAUUCAUGAAAGAGUAUCGUGACCUCAAUCACAUGUCGUUAGUUCCAAACUCUGCUAUCCAUGAGUGCAAAUAUUUUCUGCCGCAUCAUUGCGUCAUUAAAGACGAAAGUACUACAACAAAAUUAAGAGUUGUUUUUGACGGUUCUGCAGCUACAACCUCGGGUUUGUCACUUAAUGAUUUACUCAUGACUGGACCAACAAUUCAGCCCAAACUUUUCAAUAUUUUAAUUCGUUUUCGUACGUUUCCGAUUGCACUCACUGGAGACAUCUGCAAAAUGUAUAGAUGCGUCCGGAUCUACCCACCGGAUAGCAUGCUCCAGUGUAUAUUGUGGCAUGAUUCUCCUGAAGAUGACUUAAAUAUAUAUAAAUUAGACACUGUAACAUAUGGAACUAAAUCUGCAGCAUUCCUAGCGAUUCGUUCAAUGCACCAACUUGCGUCGGAUGAAUCCUCAGUUUAUCCACUUGGUUCGCAAACCAUCAUUCGAGAUUUUUACGUGGAUGACUUGAUAAGUGGUGGCGAUACUUUGGAAGAAGUAGAAGAAAUCAAACGACAAACAACGAAUAUUCUCGCUCGAGGUAACUUCCAGCUAAGAAAAUGGUGUUCCAAUAGUCCAGAUGUUCUUCGUAAUAUUCCUGAUACUGAUAAACAAGACUUGCUUAAGUUUAAUGACGGCAGCGACAUCACCAAGGCAUUGGGCUUGAUCUGGAAGCCGUUUGAUGACAAUCUGCUAUUUUCGUUUAAGUCGCAACCUGAAUUUUGCAAGAAUUCCAAGCGAUCGGCGUUAUCUACGUUAGCUCGUUGUUAUGAUCCGCUUGGACUCAUUGGCCCCACUUUGACCAGAGGAAAAAUUCCUUUACAGCGCAUGUGGAGGGAUAAGCUGGAGUGGGAUGAAAGCUUACCGCACUCACUGAACACUGCUUGGUCUACAUUUCGUAACGAGUUCGUCGAAGUGCAGCAUUUAUCAUUCCCUCGGUACGUACUGCAGCCUGGAGCCACCGUCGAAAUUCAUGCAUUUUGUGAUGCAAGUAUCGAAGCGUAUGGUGCCUGUAUCUACAUUCGUUCGAUAAUGGAUGACCGCGCGCAAGUGCAUCUACUGUGUUCCAAAGCUCGCGUCGCUCCAUUGAAGAUACUUACGAUACCCAAACUGGAACUCUGCGCUGCUGCCUUGCUUGCGGAAUUAGUAAAUGGGAUAUUCAAAAUGAAACUUUUCGCCGGCCGCUUUCACUGUUGGUCGGAUUCAUCGAUUGUGCUUUCAUGGCUGCGUGAAGAGCCAUCUAAAUUUAAUGUGUUUGUUGCUAACCGGGUAAGCGCGAUACAGCAACUUACAGAGGGUAUGCAAUGGCAUUACAUUCCUACAGAAUUAAACCCUGCUGACAUUUUGUCGAAGGGAGCCUCACCAACGACACUUUCACAAUCUCCACUUUGGAUGCACGGGCCUUCGUUCUUGCGAGAAGUUGACAACAAUUGGCCCCAAUUUUGCGCACCUAAAACUAAAAUUAUAGAACUUCGACAAAAGGUGUUGCUCUUGUCAAAUGAUCGAACCGACUUAACACUAUCCUUUAAGUACAUAAAUUCGUUUGGCAAGAUGCAACGUAUUUUUGGAUAUGUAAACAAGUUUAUAACAAGCAGAAUCUCACCAAGAACUUCGCAACUCACGUUUGAGGAUAUUCAUCGCGGUACUCAAUUGUUGAUUCGCAUCGUUCAAAGGGCGCAGUUGUGGUCCGAGUAUGUGGCUUUGAAAAACAAUAAGUGUGUUCACGCCUCAAGCCCCAUCGCUUCGCUGUCACCAUUUUUAGAUGAUUUUGGCCUUAUUCGUGUAGGUGGCAGACUAAGACAUUCAACGCUCAGCUUUGAAGCACGUCAUCCAUGCAUCCUUCCAAGGGAUCACCCACUGACAUUCGCCAUAAUAACACAUUAUCACCGCGCUCUCAAACGCUUCGUCGCUACGCGCGGCAUACCUAGCUGCAUCUGGUCAGACAACGCCACAAACUUUGUGGGCGCUAGAAACGAGUUAAACGACUUACGAAAUUUAGUCCUCAAUGAAAAUCAUCGUAGCGCAGUUAAUAACUACUGCAUUAGCAAUGGAUUUGAUUGGCGCUUCAUACCGCCUCGUUCGCCGCAUUUUGAGGGCCUAUGGGAGGCAGCGGUUAAAACAGCCAAGCAGCAUCUAUAUCGUUCAGUUGGGUCCUCAAUUCUUGGAUUUGACGAAUUGCGUACUUUGGUAUGUCAAAUAACAGCUAUAAUAAAUUCGCGUCCUCUUGUUCCACUUUCAGAGAAUCCAGAAGAUCUUGAUGUGCUUACGCCAGGUCACUUUUUGAUUGGUGGCCCACCAACCGCUUUUCCUGAACCCAAUCUUACGUCGCUGAAUUAUAACCGGCUCAAUCAAUGGCAACGCGUAUCCUACAUUCAACAAAUUUUCUGGAAGCGUUGGAGUCAAGAAUAUCUAACUAUUCUACAGCAGCGAGUUAAAUGGCGGACGCCUCAGCCUAGCAUCCAGGUCAACGACAUUGUGUGCAUCAAAGAGGAAAACACGGCUCCACUAAAAUGGCCUUUGGCACGGGUAGUCGAACUCAUCACUGGAACUGACGAUGUUGCACGAGUAGCCGUCUUGCGUACACCUACUGGCAUUACACAUACAUCCAGCUACUACUUCGCAGCACCCAAUGCGCAGACACGCUUUGUGCCAUCCGCUGCGUUCCAGUCUAAUCGCCAGCCAGCCGCGCAAGCCGCUUACCUAACAGGCACACGCGGUGGUGCAGCAUUGUCCAAUGGUGCUUACACCCAACCAGGUUCAUAUCAGGAGCAGCUGUUGUUCAUCAGCAAUGACGGCAAGCGGCAGCAGCAGCAGCAGCAGUUACCACAGUCACAACUGCAGUCCUCGUCCGCGGCGGAUUAUUCGCCAUUCGGUGCGCAAAUUUCGCAAACUCGUAAUCCCGACUUCUACGACAUUUCACCGCGUCCCUUUGGCGCGCCAGCUUCGACAGGCCUAAGUACCGCAGCUAGCGGCUUCUCACGUUCUAAGGCGAUACGUCCGAAUAGUGGCGGAUUUGUGCCCUCACAACAAACCCCCGGACGCGUAAAUGUGCCACAUCAACAGACACAGUUUUUAGCGCAUUUCAAUGAAGCGGGUUCCUCUUCCGUCAAUCGCCCAUCGGCUAACAGUCUCACCGGCUCUUUCCAACGUCCCUUCGGCAGUGGUGGUUUCGUGCCUAGUUCGAAUCGCAAUCGUCCAGUAGUCACAGCCGCUACCUCAACUAACUACAAUUCUGAUUUCUCACCCAAUUCAAGCCAGAGUUCAUUAUCGCAAGCACCCUUCAAGAAUACACGCAAUCGCUUCCAACCGAGUAGCGCAAAUACGCCGACUACCUCAUCUACUACAGAGACAUCUGUGCCGAUCCCAAAACGAUACAAUCGUUUCGGUGCAAAUCGCUCGCAGAACCCACUAAAAACCUCAAAACCACAACAGCAACAAACUUCGCAUAACAACCCGGAAGCCUCCUCGCAGCGCCCCACCUUUGGGCGCGUGACAGGCAAUAAGUCGAGUAGCUUUCAACCGAGACGUCCUGUAUUCAUUAGUCGCGAAAUUAAUGAGCCUGUAAGUGUGGCAAAAGUGCAAAGGCCCUUUGCCGCUGGACGUAUCAAAUAUCCAGUUAAGGAAAGCCUCUUUAAGCAAUCCACUGCUGCUGCUGUGAAACCGACACCUUCCUUUACGCCGACCAGUGACAGCGAAGAGUAUUAUGAAGAUGAGAGUGGUAACUCCGCGGAUGUUGAUGCCACAAAAGAAACAAGUUUGGAGAAAUUAGAGUUGCAUGAGGCCGAAGAGACAACGGUUGCAUCAUUAAGUGAACCAACACAUUCCACAUCCACGGUUGAUAGUGAGGAGACGACAGCAUUGCAGACAGAUGAUGACAAAUCAAACUCGACCGCUAAGAAAACUGACGAGGAAUCCAACCAGAAGGCAGUGGAUGUCACUACAAAUCGUAGUUCGGAGUAUGAAUAUGAAUAUACGGAUGAAGAGGACUCUACUGACGCCACUGUGAAAACAGAUAAACACAAUCAAACCUCAACUACAGCAGUAGCUGAAGAUACUACAAGCACCAGCGCACCCGAGGUGGUGAUGGUCACCACUGAACAACCGCAAACCAGCGUAAGCGAUGAGGAAAUUGAAGAGGUUACCGCAGAUAUGCUCACAACUGCACCGCACGAGACCACUACCGCUAUGCCCGCAAAUCAUAAGGUGACCGAGGAAGAACAGACGCAAGAAAACGAUGAUGAAAACUAUGAAGGCAGCGCUGAUUACGAUGAAGACGAGUACGAGGAGGAAGAUGAAGAAUUUGAUGAAACCGAAGAAGCUAAUCACGAGCAAGAAAGUGAUACACAGGAAAGUAGCUCCCCGCAAAGUGACAAAGAGACCAUCGAUCGCGAGGUAAUAUCCGUGGUGACUACCAAGAGUGUAGUGAAUGGCUCAACUGCAUUCCCUUCACCGGUCACACAACGUUCAACAACACCUUUCAGCGACGAAGAAGCUAUCUUUAUGGAGAACAAAGUACAACCGGCCAAACUGGAUGAGGAAAAAGAGAUAAUCGAGAAGACCGCCGACAACUCUACAACCAAUGAUGAAUCUUUGAGCAACACAACCGAGAGCUAUGUGGUAAUCGCAUCCAUACAAACUAGUCGCAGCAUAAACGGUGCACGUUUCCUGCCCUUCCCCGCCAUCGAACAGGAGGAAACCAAGCAGACACUCUCCGAGUUGGAGCGCAAAAUUCACGCCAAAAACAAUGCUAAAGACAUGGAUACUGAUGAAGCUUCGGAGAGUGGCGAAGAGUUGAUAGCGCAUAUGACUGAGAAGUCUAGCACAAGUGCGGCUGUCUCCUCAACGGAAAGCAUCAUUGACAAGUUGGAUCGUGUGCAGUCAGAACUGUCUAGUGGCCUGCUCUCCGGCAAAUAUCCGAUUAUAACCGAAAUGGAUGUUUCCACAAAGGCGACCACUACUACCUCAGGUUCGAAAUUUGUGCCAAAUAUACGUAAAUUCCAACCGAAAACCACUGCUGCCUCGAAAGUGAAGGUUCAUCACUUUGAUGAGAGUGAAAUGGAUGAGUUAGCUGGACUACUACCAGUUGGUUUCAAGCCUCGUCCAUCGUACAAGAAUCGCAAGAUUACCACUACUACUACUACGACAACCGCGCCCGAGGUGGCGGAACCUGAAGUGAAGAAACCAGCGCGUAACUCUACAAUUAGUCGAUCGUUCAAGAAUAAUGCUGUAGUCGUGCAGGAUGUAGCGCCCGCAAGUCUCUUGCCCAAAGGCUACAAACCGCCCACUACAACUGAAGCGACUACGAAAGCCGACAUCAAGGAUCUGUUCAGUAAGAUUAAGUUUGAUGACAACCUCGAUAAACUGCUGCCAAAAGACUACAAAGAGAAAUCAGUUACGACCGACAAACCACCUGUAACACUGGUGGAUGAUUUGUCCAAGUUUUUGCCGCCGGAUUACAAGUUGAGUACAACUGCAGCGCCCAUGAAGAAACCCGUCGCAGUGGUGCAAGACAGUAUUAGUAAGCUACUGCCACCAGGUUACAAGCCACCAUCCAAAUCUGAUGAUGAGUCUGAAAAAUUGGCGGGUGCUAUAAUACCAUUAAAGGCGGAUGACAUCUCGAAAUUCCUACCGCCAGGUUUCAAACUCAAUAAAACAAAUGAAAAGGACACAUUGCCAGUACCAGAGACUAUUGACAUCACUCAAUUAUUGCCGAAAGACUAUAAACCAAGUGCGGCGACGGAGAAAGCUAUUGAAAAGACCGAAGUGAAAACCGUAGAAAAGGCCAUAACAACAUUAAUAGGAGCCUCAAGCACUGAGCCCAGCACCGCUGAUGGUGCAGCCUCUAGCACUACUGCUUCUGGGUACAAAGUCGUUUUCCCCAAGGGAAUACACAAACGCAUAGGAGCAACGCGUAUAACGACGCCGCGUACAAUUGGCGAUGGCGCAAUCGAGAUGAAUAAUUCACCAGCGGUGGUUAUAAAGAAGGGACCUCCUACACGUGCCACCACUGAAUUCACUGGUUGGCCAACCCCAUCCACCACACCCAUCUCGAUAGAGAAAUUACUUGAACAGAGUAGAACGGCCAAUAUAAAUUUCGAGGAUCUACUGUCGUCGAGCAGUACGACAACCACAACAACAACGACCACUACAACGACUACUACAACACCGCGUCCCACAAAACCUGGACACUGUACGGCCGACUGCGACCUAGCAGCAACCAUUAAGAUUGUAGAUGGCGUUGCGUGGAAACCAGAAUUAUUGGAUCACAAUACGCUCGAGUGGAAGAAUCUAGCGCACGAAGUAGAAGCGGAGCUCAACGAAGUCUACUCUAAGGCACCACAGCUGAGUCGCUGGUACAAGAAGGUGCGCAUCGACAGCUUCAGUCAGGGUAGCGUGCUCGUAGACUAUUAUGUCGAACUGGCCAACAUCACUGAUGAUGUGAAUACGUUGGAAAUUAAGAAACUCUUCCACGAUGCCUUGACUCACCCAUCACCCAAUAUGAUCUUGGCACACAAACCUGACACGGAGAACGAGACGGACAAUGAGGAUGAAGAUGAAAGCGUGAAUGAGUCAUAUCGUGAGGCAAAGGAGGAGAAACUAAUCAAGGACACUUAUUUGAUGGGCAAAUAUGUCAUCGAUCCGGCGGCAACGGACUUUAGUGUUAUACCCAAAUCACUAUCACCGAUGGUGGAGUAUGCCGAGGAAGAUCAACUGUUACCUCAAUGGGCGAUUGUAGUAAUUGUUAUUGGCGCAGGAUCACUGAUCUUUGUUGUCAUCUUCGGCGUAACAGUGCUGCUCAAUCGUCAAAAGCGCUCCAAGAAGGUGCCUAUACCUCUAACCACUGAUAUGCUGAAUGAGCUAAAGGUCAAUCAUAUGAGCGGUGCAGAUAACUAUGGCGUCGAUGAUUUCUAUAAUAUAGAUGAUGCUUGGAAUGAUACCAAGCAACCGAUAAAACCAAAGCGUUUCACCAAUUCCCUGCACGGCAGCAACGGUUCCAAUAUCUACGAUAGUUGGCGUUCCACACGUCACGGCGACUAUUUCUACGAUUCUCAAACUAACUACUCACAAAAGGGUGACUCAUUGCAACGUGCCCACCAUCACCACCACCAACAUCACCAACAGCAACCACACAAUCAACAUCAUCACCAGCAGCAGCAGCAUCAUACGAUGUCACAGCAUCAGCACCCAUAUCAUCAGUAUCCUGAUGCCUUUGCGGAUGCGCAUCCCAUGUACACGUACAACAACAACAGCACUAGUAACAGCAAUCAUGCGAGUCGAGCGUCUCGUUAUCAGCGAGACUACGAUCCAGACUUUUAAGUGAUAAAGUGAAAGAGUAAAAAACACAAACAAAAAAACAAAAUUCCAAAAAAAACAAGAAAUAUAAUAAUAUUAAUUAUUAUUAUAAUAGAGAAAAUGCUUAUACAUAAAAUGAGAAAAUUAAAUACACACAUACAUAUAUCUCAAAUAGGUAUAUUAUGGAAAAUAAAUACUAUUAUACAAUUUUUAAUUUAAAAACUUUGAAUAACAACAAAAGCGAAAAGAGAAAUUAUUUGAUAUGCAUAAAAAUGUGCACCCACUUUUUUUAACUGUAAUAUCAUAGUUAUUGUAUAAAAAAUAUAAUAUUAACUAUUUCACCUACACAUACAUAAGUAUGUACAAUUAUGUGUAAAACGAGAAUAAAAACAAAAAUACUCAAACUACUCUAAAUUGCAAGAAUAAGCGGUGACAGCUGGUAUCUUUCUCUACUUUUAUAUAAAUUACACACUUACCAUACAUACAUACCUAUUUAUGUAUGUUGACUAUUUAUACAGAAAAUAAUUAACUUAAAAACUAAUUGUAAAUAAUUCCAAACACACAAUUUAUGGUAAAUCAAGUUUAAAAAAUUGCAUUGAAAUAUUUAAAAAUUUCUUCUAAUUCGUUAGACUUCCUUAAUGCCAGAAUUUCCAUUGCUUUAAAGGCUUCUCGCCUGGAAAAACAAACUUCUACGUGCCUUUUUUGAAAAAUUUUACAUACCUAUCGAACGUACUUCUACUUAUAUGUGUAUGGAAAUUACAAGAAAAAAAAUUGUAUACAAAAUACAGCAAAAUUGAAACACCUUUAAACUUUAGUGUUUUAGGCUAUUCGAUUUAAUUUUUAAUUAUAUGUAAAGUACAUAGAAGCGCUCGACUCAAGCUUAAAUUAUUUUUAAACAACGAGUUGAAAUUAGUCACGAUUAGUGUUAGACAACAUUUAGAAAAUCAUAAAAUAUUUCAUAAUUUAGUUUUAUACAAAAAAUUAUAAAUGCAAAGUGGGAUUUAUAA